UCUGCGGCAGCGCGCGGAUAGCGGAACCGAGUUGAGGAAGUCGGCCUGGUCUUCCCUUGCGUCCUCUCACAGUCUCGCUUCCCAGCUUGCACCUUCAGGGCGCAGCCGCGAAGGGGUUAAGCGAUCGAAGGACUGUGGGCGGGGGAGGCGGCCGGCUGUCAGGAGGGAGCAUGUGCAGUUUGCAUUGAAACCGCAUCCACGCUAUGGGUCCUCUUCAUUGGCACAGUUGAUCUUCAGCCGCGGCGGCGGAGCGGCUACAAAAGGAACAGCUGCCGGCGCUCGGAUCCGUCCAUGGAGCUAAGGCGGAUGAAGUGCUGCUGAGCGGAUAUCAUCCGCGCCGCUGCGGUGAGCAGGCACCUGCGCCGGGGCUCUCCUUGCCCACCGUCCCGCUCCCCAGCGUCACCCGCCGGGAAUUGUACGUGGCCAGACAUGCCCAUGAAUGUGGAGGAAUCUAGGCAGAGUUCCUGCUGGGGACUGUGCCGAAGGAUGGCAGCUGCAGAACCUUUGACUGCUUUCUCCCGCUGGUAUUUAUAUGCCAUUCAUGGGUACUUCUGCGAGGUGAUGUUCACAGCUGCUUGGGAUUUUGUGGUCAACUUCAACUGGAAGUUCCCAGGUGUCACCAGCGUAUGGGCACUCUUCAUCUAUGGGACGUCCAUCCUUAUUGUAGAAAAGAUGUAUCUGUACCUGAAGGAUAAGUGUAACAUACUAGUGCGCUGCCUCAUUUACACCCUAUGGACGUAUCUCUGGGAGUUCACAACUGGCUUCAUUCUACGCCAGUUUAAUGCCUGCCCAUGGGACUAUUCACAGUUUGACUUGAACUUCAUGGGCCUCAUAACCCUGGAGUAUGCCAUCCCAUGGUUCUGUGCAGCAUUUAUCAUGGAACAGCUAGUCAUCAGGAACACCUUGCGUUUGCGUUUUGAUGAGAAUGCUGAACCAGGUAUACCCACAUCUGCUACAACCUUGGCCAAUGGUCAUGUGAAAACUAACUGAAUUGUACCUUAGACUAUACUAUGACCAAGCAAUCUCUCCUGCCCCCUUCAUUAGAGACCUAGGAUGACGGCCUCAACAACAAAACUCCUGUUCCUUUAUGAUAAACAAACCUCCUGGCUUUGGAGGUGUGCAUGAAAAAGUGGAAUCAGUAGGUUUUCUAUGAAUUUUAUUCUCUUUCUCUCUCUUGGUUCCUUUGUUUUUUAAACCGCAAGUACCAUUGUCAACUACCUGUUGACUAGAUAGUUUGACUUGUAACUUACUCUGAAAACAGUUCUAUGAUCAGUAGUUUAUUAUAUCUGGGAAAGAAAAAAACAAAAGGCUGGCCCAAAUUGUGCACAUAACGUUAGUAGAUUGGUACAGAUACCCCAGUUGACUUAGUGAUUGGCUUAUAUUCCAUUCAGGUGCUUGCUUGCAACCAAUACCUCCCAUGGGACCUGAGAUGCUGCAGAGUCAAGGAAAAAUCAGUACCUGUUGAAACAGCCCAACAAGGUGGCAGACUACCGUGGAGAUAGAAUUUGCCCUGUUGUGUGCUUUCCUUAAGGCUUUUUUAAGUUGCACCACAGUGUAUAAUAUUAUGGUGCUGGACAUCUUGCUGAAUUUCUAUAAAAAGAUUACUUUUUGAAUCAUUCAUUCUGAUGCUCACUAGAGAGUUUGUUUCCCACUCUCGUGUACCUAUUUUUAAAAUAAAGACCUAUUUUGCUGGAUAAAGUAAAUCAUUGCUGUACAACCUGCAUUAUAGAUAAGUAGGCAAAAGUGGGAGAGAAAUGGCUAAGUCAUCUCCACCUCCUAUUCUCACACCUUCUGGUGGAACUCAUCAGGAGGGCUGCUUCAGAUCUGAUUCUUGCUAACUCAUUGUGACUGUUUACAUCAUCAGAAUCUUCUCUGCUUCCUCCAUGGGGAAUUUUCUAUUCUCAGAAAUCCAAGGGUCUAUAAAUAUGGACCAUUGACGCCAUAUUGAAGUCUUGGUGUGAUGCCUGGAUUCAUUGGGAGUUGAAAUCCUGCAGGACAGACUCUUGAAAGGCCUGUGGUCAUUCUUUUUUGUGCUGAUCUUCUCCGUCCUCUGCCUUGGUGUUCUCAGUGUACAAAUGGUAGUAUUAGUGGUGUGGCAGUAUCUCUUCAUAAAGCUAUUUAUGAGCAACUGUUGAUGGUAUCUCACUGUUUCCCGGUGGGGAACUUUGAAGGAUGGUCCUUCAAGAUGUUUCAAGUGGGUGGAAAACCGUAUAAAAGGGCUGCAGAUAUUCUGGAGUCUGGGGCCAAAGUGAGUGCCCCAAGAGAAAUACGUGAUUUCCAGGGGCACCCAAAGAAGAACUAGUGAUGAACAAGAGGGGGCUUUUUCUGGCAGUCAUCAAAAGAAUCUGUUCUUUAUGUUCACAGAAUGCAAGACAAACAGAAAAAAAAGGGAGGGGGAGUUGCUUAAACUAAAUACAUCCAGUAGCUUUAAGAAGAUAUGCUAUCACUAGGCCUCCUGGACCAGAAAGAAGUCCAGAUAUCAUUUACAUAGAAUGGAAUGCACUGGGAUGGAAUUGCACCAGCAAUGGGAUAGGCUUGUACUGUUGUAUUAUUAUUAUUUUUUUGGUGGUGGUGGUACCACCUCUUUUCUUUUGUUUAAAAUGAGACUGUCUCAUUGUUUGGCAAACUGUUAAUUUUUAUCUACCUGGCAGUUAUUGUAUUGCGAACUCCCCUACCUGAUAGGUUAGGGCUAAUGUUUGAAGAACUCUCUGUCCCUGCACCGCCAGGGACUUCUGGGAUUUUUAGUCACAGCCCACCUGAUGGCAAUAGAUUUGGAAAAGCUGAGUUCUAUUCUAGGAGCAACGAAAAGGUCAAGCUGCCACCCUGAGUAAAUGUUAUGUGAUCAUGAUUAAGAAUGAAGGUAAUACUAACUUGCUUGGUA